UCUCCAUACACCGAUAAACGCCUAAAUGUAUGCAAUGCAAUUGUAAUCUAAUGUAGCUAGAACUGUUGUGUUCAAAAUUUGUUAUAAAAAAAUCAAAAACAACUUAAAUAAAGAGCUCACUAUUUGUAGCAUGUAAUCAUAGGUUGAUGCACCUUUAAGAAAAUAUUUUCAGAUAAAUAUUGUUUUUUAUAGCUAAACUCAUUGAGUUUUUCACUCAGUACUCCACGAACUUACUUUUAUGUAUAAAGUUGUGUUAAAAUGCCAUGUUUUAAUAGAAAAAUUCAAACUGAUAUAUUCCACACGGCUUCUAUCAUCAUGUUCAAACUCCUAAAAUUUCAAUCCAUGAUUAAUUUUUGAGUUUUGAUGUGUUUUCCAGGGCACUAUAAAAGUUACCCCAAAAUGAAAAUGUGAUUCCCAAAAUAUCUAGAAAAAGGUACAACAUUUAAACUGAGUUUAAGGGGCCGUUCAAAAAUAACGGCCCAUAUUCCCAAAAAUUGAGAAGAUAGAACAAUUGUUCAGCAAGUUUCCCAAUUAUGACACUUCUUACAACUUUGCUGAAGACAUAAACACGUUAUCUACACUUAUACAAGAAUUAAAUUUCUCUCACACUUCUAGGAGAAUUUCUAUGAAACGAGGUGGCCCUUGUUUCCAAACAAUAUUUUUCAUGGAAAUAUAAUUAUUUUUCAGUUCUCUGUUGUGAAAUAAAAAUGUUCGACGCUUCAAGCGAUUUUUGGGGGUGAAAAUAAACGUAGUCCUUAGAGGGGUUAUAAGAAAUCAUUUCUAGCCUUUAAGUGGAUUAAUAUGGCUAUUUAUAAUCCAAAAUGCUUCCCCAAUAUCUAAAUUCACAAUUUUAUCGCUAGUACAUACAUAAUACACCAUGAAAACGUGUUAAAUUUUUUUGGCCAUGAAAUGGACGCUGUUACUCCAGUGUGCGUCGUCUGGAAUUCAAAAUCGAACAGGGUUAUGCCACAAUAGAUUACAAUAAUGGUCGUUCAACUGGUGGAAAUACCAGUCAAUAAUGGCGUUUUUAUAAGAUGCGAUAAGUUUACGCCAAGGUUCACGCUCUUAUUUCGGAUUUAAUGUUAGGUUUUUUAGAACUCUGAAACGAGCAGGAAAAACACAAUGAAAAUAACAAUUUUGGCAUUAUUCUCCUUCAUUCUGGUACAUCGUUUCUACCGGAACUUGGCCUGCCUCUCUUCAACUUAGUUUUCGUCGAGCACUUGUACAGUCGAUCAUUGAAGGGUUUCCUUUUCCUGUCAAUAAUACUUGAAAUUGUAUAUUGUGUGGCAAUCAUAAUGAUACACUUUGAGAGUCGAAAACGUUAUCCUGACCUUAUUCGAUUUGAACUCACCGUCACUGACUGGAUUGGCAAUCUAAAGACUUAUCCCCUAGCACACUAUGCUCACUGAAGACUUUACGAUUUUGCCGGCCCACAAAAGUUUGAUAACCGCUGCAGAUAGGCGCUAUCGCAGGGAUUCCCAUGAACGUUGUACGGCCGUGCUGAGCUGAGCCAAAUAUAACCGUUUCGAAGAUCAGUUUACGGUUGACCAUGGGAGCAUUAACAGUUGUGGGAUUAGCGUUGGUGCUAAGCGUGUUCAUCGUACGGUCAGAAGAAGGAACGGGGACCUGCGGAGAAAGAAAGUUGGUAGGUGCUGGACUGAUUGCUCAUGGAUCCACCCCACGGGCGGGUGCGUGGCCUUGGCACGGUGCAAUGUAUCAUAGAUAUAACCCCGAUUGGAUCAAAUAUAUGUGUGGAGUGACGAUUUUGACGGAGCAAUUUGUAUUAACGGCAGCUCAUUGUACGUAUGACAGAUGGCAGAGGCUUCCAGCGGAUCGAGUAUUUAUCAAAGUGGGAAUAAGCAAUCUGAACUCACCGGAGGAGUUUAAUGUUGACAAGAUUAUUCGACACGAAGAAUACGAUAAGCACACAUUUGAAAACGACAUCGCGUUGCUGAUGCUGUCUUUUGAAAUUACCUAUACUAGCUAUAUACAGCCCAUAUGUUUAUGGCAGAAUGAUACUGAGUUGAGCAAAAUAAUCUCAAAAACAGGAUACGUAGUUGGAUGGGGACUUGAUGAAACAUAUAGUUUUCCAAAAAAAUUGUCCGAAGCAACGAUGCCAAUUGUGUCAAGCACAGAAUGCAGAAAGAGAAACACUUGGCAUUACUACAAGUUUUACUUCGAGUCAAAAACAUUUUGUGCAGGCCGCCCCAAUGACACUCAUGUCAGUGCUGGAGACAGUGGAGGUGGAUUUUAUAUGCGGAUGGGUUCGAACUGGGUUCUACGGGGAAUUGUUAGUAGCGCAAAAAUUAAUGCAAUCACAUUAAAUAUACAGGCAGACAGUUACACUAUAUUCACAGACGUUGCUUACUAUUUAAACUGGAUCAAAACAAGAGUGCCUGACAUACCUUAUUUUGCUGUUGACACAGAGCAAACCACUGAAACUGCAUUUAAUGGUGAUGUUCAUCUUCUUGAUUUGGAAAACUGCGGCAAGUAUACCUAUAAGCCAGGAACACAUGAAGAAGGAUACGAAUUGGUGAACCUGUAUCCAUGGGAGGCUGUUAUCAAAUUUGUUGGAGACAACCUGCCCUUGUUGAUCGACUCGAUGUUUGGUUCGAUGGUGUGUGGUACCAUGGCUAUCGCCGAAGACGCUAUAACCCAGAUCAAUAGCAAUCUACCGGUAAAGAAUCACCUGUAG